AUGCAGCAUUCCAACACUGGAGGAGGCUUUUUCUCCAAGAUUAAAGAAAACUACAGCUCAAGAUUUGCUAAUCUUUCAUUGACAUCGCCUACAGAAAAGGACGGUUCAACAGAAGAUGAUACAUUGAUACAUCGAGCAUUUAUCAAACACUAUGACACAAAGGGACUUCCUUAUCCAGAGUGGCUUGGUGUCAAGACUUUUGACCAACAACACCAACACCAACAACAACAAUCGACAUAUGGUCGUUCGCAAAGUCACUCUAGUGGACACGCAUAUCGGAGCCAUUCGUCGUCGUCACAGUUUCAGCCGGUACGGCAAGACAACUUGUUCAAUAAAAGCUAUGCACAAAGGUCAUACAAUCAACAACGAAUGCAGGACGAAAAUGAUGCUGGACACGAGUCAACUCCGCCCCCAUUCCAGAGAAGCUCAAGUAGGUUGCAGGAUAUGUAUAACAAGUCAAGGCAACAAUCAACACCGGGAUCGGGGUAUAAUGUUAGCAGGUACAGUCGUUAG